AUGGAAUCCCAGCAGUUACAAAGAGAAUUUCCUGCCUCUGAGGUUGCAAACGAAUUUGUGAACCAGUAUUACUGUGUUCUAAACAACUGUCCAGAUAAGCUAUACGAGUUCUACAAAGAUUGCAGCACUAUCACCCGCCCUGAACCCAAUGGUCAAUUGUUGCAUGUAACAACCCUAGAAGCUAUUAAAAACAAUAUAGUGUCUUCGCUCAAUGAGGGAAAUGAGGUUAAAAUAGGAACUGUGGAUUCACAAGAAGCUUAUAAUGAAUCUUAUAUCAUAUUGGUAACUGGGAUCAUAUUAGGGCACGAGAAUGUCGAAAGAAAAUUUACCCAGUCUUUCUUUUUAGCACCACAGGAGAGAGGCUAUUUUGUUCUAAACGAUGCAUUUCGGUAUUUGGAAGAAUCCCAGUAUUCAGAAGACAAAACUUAUAUGUCGGUUAAUGCUGUUUGUGAUGAGCCUUUGCGGGAAGAGAUAGUUCCUGCAAAAGAAAUUCAAAGAUUUGAAUCACAACCUUCGAAAUUGGAAAAUAAACAUGCUACUGAAACUGUUGAGAAUGAACAACAGCUUAAGGAUAUUGAGAAAACUCUUUCACCACCAGAAGAAACAACAAAAAUGAGUUUUCUAGCAGUUCUUUUGAAAGAGAACACACAUCCCAUUCAAAGGCCAACUGUUGUGGUGAAAUUUCCAAUAAAUACCGGACUGAAAGCAAAUGUACCAUCACAAGUACAUACAACAUCACAAUCCUUGAACUCUAAUUCUGGAAAAGCCCCAGUCAAUGAGAACUCAAUCCAUUUAAGAAAUUUGCCAUGGAAUUCUACAAUUACCUUGCUUGAAGAAGAGUUUAAAAAAUAUGGUUCUAUAAAGCCUGGUGGAAUUCAAAUCAGAGCCAACAAGGAAAAAAACUUUUGCUAUGGUUUCAUUGAGUUCGAAUCAUCAACUUCUGUGGAGAGUGCUGUAAAGGCAUCUCCUAUUGUCAUCUCUGGGCGUCGCGUAUAUGUUGAAAAGAAAAGGUUGGCGGGUUUCAGAGACAAUAUUCCAAAUGGCGUAAAGAGAGGAGGCGAUCGUCAAGGACGCAAUGGCUAUGCAAGAAAUUUCUAA